AUGUUUGAUAGCCUGGCGUCAUACUCUGGGUACCUUGGAGUGCUUCUAGUCGUCAUGUUGUUCCUGACUGCCCUGGCGGCCACGCAGGCGUGCACUCCUGAGUGCGAGAACUGCCAUCCAUACAGCAAGUACUGGGCGGACCAAGGGUGCGACCCUGCAAACUCGCACCGGGUGCUACGAGUUCAGAUGCACAGCACCGCUGUGUUCCAGGACUGCUGCAAGCACUGCAGGGACGUGGACUGCUGUCUUUUCUGGGUGUUCAACCCCGACACCAAAGAGUGUGAGGGCUUCUCCAACUGCGACCGGGUGGACGGCCGCACCACUCAGCGGGAGUGGCUCGGGGACUGGCGCGUGCUGGACAAAAAUUGCCCGGGAUACACUGCCCAUCCCGACGCCCAAAUCAGCUACCCGGGCUUCUAG